AUAGAAUCUUACAGAGACAUGCUAAAUAUAGAUGGCUCAUACAUGUAGAUUGUGUUUCACCCUGGUAAACAGACAGCUAAGGCUACUAGAAAGGAGCAGAAAGAAUACAUUUUACAGAAACUCUUUUUAAUCAGGAAUAAUAAAGAUGAGGGUGGACAGGAUUGGAGUUGACAUUCCCGUGUAUGACAUCUCUGUGAUACGCAGUCUUUGGGAGGGCCGGGUGAAAAAAUACAAGCAGCGUCAGAAGAAAGAACAGGAAAGGGUGAACAAAAGUGCACUGAGCAAGAUAAAUCAGCAAUGGCAGUAUCGCAUAGCAUGCAGAAAAAUGAAGAUCAAAGAAGUCACUACUCUUCAGUGUUAUCUGGAAAGAUCAGCCUUCGCAGAAAUGGGCAUUUUACCCACAGUUCACACAAGCACUGACAGCGAAGACAACAAAUUUAUUUUUGAGCUAAGUGGAGAUAAAUGGAGGAAACUACCAGAAGAUCUUCAGUAUAUGACUUAUCUGCGAGAAUGGCACAUUCAGAAAACACAAAUUCCAAAGUUGCCGGAAUACAUUGAACAGUUUGUGGACUUGUGCGUCUUAAACCUACCUAAAAACAAACUCACACAGCUCCCAGCUGAGAUAGGAAAACUGGCAAACCUAAAAGAACUGAAUGUGAGUUACAAUAAGUUGUUGAGCAUUCCGCCUGAGCUCGGAGAUUGUGAAAAUCUGGAAAAGUUGGAACUGACUGCAAAUAUAAACCUGACUGAAUUGCCGUUUGAGCUGAGCAACUUAAAAAAACUUAAACAUCUAGACCUAGCAGAAAAUAAAUUUGCCACUAUACCAGUCAGUGUACUUCGGAUGUCAAGCCUUCAGUGGUUGGACAUCAGCAAGAACAGUCUCCGUGAUUUGCCAGAGGAUAUUGAUAGGCUGGAAGAGUUACAGACAUUGUUCCUGCAUAAAAACAAAUUGAAACAUCUUCCGAUGUCAACAGUAAAUAUUAUCAACCUCAAAAUGCUUGUUGUCAGUGGAGAUGAACUGACCACUCUCCCUUCAGGACUCACAGAAAAUCCAGGUAUAAAGUUCAUAAGAUUAUUUGAUAAUCCAGUAGGCUUGGAUGUCAGUGAGGAUACGAAAGAUAAAGUAUUCGAGGAGACUGAGCAUGACAAGGAGUUUAUGCAGACCUAUAUUGAGACUCUUAAAGACAGAGAUACAGCACCGUUGUACACCACCAAAGUGUCCCUGACUUGCCUUCUUUAGUCAACCUGAAGAUUCCUGAGCCGACUGGAAAAUCAGCAACAUGAACAAAAGUAUAAUCAUUGAAGAUUUCCGUAUGUUUUGGUGUUAUAUGCAAGUGUUUGGAAAAAUCCUCCU